GGGAGAGCUCAUGAAUGAACGAUCGGCGGGGCGGGUGCGCGCACCCCCCUCGUGCCUGCGGGUGUGGAUGGGGAUGUGGAGCAGGGAGCCAGCCUCGUUGUUAUUCUGAUCACAGCGGCUCUGAUUCACAGACUUGGAUCAUGAAUAUAAGUGAAGACUUUGACGUCAGAGUUGAGAUUUAUCAGCAGAUCCAAUGGGGCAGGAAUAUUAAGUGCAAGUCGAUGCCAGCUCUCUGCCAACGCUAUUAGCGAUGCUCACCGAGGAAUGAGGCUUCGCACCAAGGGCUGGAAGGACUGGGAAGGAAAAAAAUAAAAACGUGGGGGGAGCAAGCUGAUCCUCGGGCAUUAAAACCAGCGAUGCUGCACGGCCCCGCCGCCAUGGGGGAGCCGUGGCCGCCGCAGCCGCAGCAGCAGCGGCUCCCGGGCCCCGGGAACGCCUCGGAGCCCCCCGCCUGGCCCUCGGCGGCGGACGGGCCGGGCACGGCGGCGCCGGGCGGCGGCGGGGCCGGGGGGGCCGUGAGCCCCUGGGACAUCGCGCUGUGCGCCACGGGCACGGCGGUGGCGGGCGAGAACGCGCUGGUGCUCGCCGUGCUGUUCUACACGCCGAGCCUGCGGGCGCCCAUGUUCCUGCUGAUCGGCAGCCUGGCGCUGGCCGACCUGCUGGCCGGGCUGGGGCUGGUGGCCAACUUCGCCGUGCGGUACCUGCUGCGGCCGCCCAGCGAGGCGGCGGAGCUGGCGGCCGCGGGGCUGCUGCUCGCCGCCUUCUCCGCCUCCGUCUGCAGCCUGCUGGCCAUCACCGUGGACCGCUACCUGUCGCUGUACAACGCGCUCACCUACCACAGCGAGCGCACGCUGGGCUUCACCUGCGCCAUGGUGCUGCUAAUGUGGCUGCUGUGCCUGGGCGUGGGGCUGCUGCCCCUCCUGGGCUGGAACUGCCUGCGGGACCAGAGCGCCUGCAGCAUCCUGCGGCCCGUCACCAAGGACAACGCGGCCGUGCUGGCCGUCACCUUCCUCCUCCUCUUCGCCCUCAUGAUGCAGCUCUACCUGCAGAUCUGCAAGAUCGCCUUCCGGCACGCCCAGCAGAUCGCCGUGCAGCACCAGUUCAUCGCCACGGCGCAGGCCACCUCCACCCGCAAAGGGCUCUCCACGCUCUCGCUCAUCCUCGGCACCUUCGCCCUGUGCUGGAUCCCCUUCGCCAUCUACUCCCUGGUGGCCGAUUCCAGCUACCCCGCGGUCUACACCUACUCCCUGGCGCUGCCCGCCACCUGCAACUCCCUCAUCAACCCCAUCAUCUACGCCUUCAGAAACCCAGACAUCCAGAAGUCGCUCUGGCUGGCCUGCUGCGGGUGCAUCCCCUCCACGUUCUCCUCCAGACCAAGGACAUCCAGCGAUGUGUGAGGACUGAGCACGGAGCCAGAGGUGCUCCCUUGCUCUCCUCCUCCGUCUCUUUUUCCCCCUCUGUCGUUAUUGUUUCCUACCGGGAGGAACCUCCCCGGUCAGCACAUCUCGUUCCAUGGAAAGAUGGCCAAAAAGGGAAAAAAAAAAAAAAAAAGAAAAAGGGAAAACGAAGGGGGAAAGAAAGAGAGAGCGUAGAAUGAUAAUGGUUUCCUUUAGAAAUGUUAUUUUCUUACACAUUUUAUUUUUUAUUUAAAAACACAAAACACCAAAAAAAAAAAAAGAAAAGAAAAGAAAGAAAGAAAAGAAAAGAAAAAGGAUCCUCGUACGAUGGCGUUUGUCUGCUCUCGGGGUAAGGAGCCAGGGGAGCAGCGGGCCCCGUCGGGGUGGUCCCACGCCUCGGGGCACAUCCCGCGGGAAGGCCACAGGAGCGGCGGGGGCAGGUGUCCUGUACCCCCCCGGCGGGGCUGGUCCCCACGCGUGGGGUUGUUGUGCGGGGCGCCCACCCCCCUGAAAUCAGGUCUUGCGAUGCUAUGCAAUAACGGGGGGGGCGUUCAGCACCGCGGGGGGGACAGCGCCGGCCGGGGGCGGGCCGAGGGACCCGCGGGGGACGCGGGGCUUUCUGUGUCUGUGUCUGCUUGCGAAGCGCUUCGAGAACCUGCGGGGCAAGAGGCUCGUUAGGUUUGGGUCGUUUGGGCAGUCGCAGGGAAGGGGGUACCCAGGGAUCCAUUCCGUCCUUGCCCCCCCACAAGGGUGACUCUGGGGCAGGGCUGAUGGUGUGUGGGUGGGGAGGGCAGUUUGGGGUGCACCCCAAAGUCUGGGAGGCCACGGAAGGGCUCUCCUGUCCGACUGGGGCUGUGGGGUGAUGAUCUCCCCCCUCUGCACUCCCUUCCACACCGGUCGUUUACAUGGGGUGGGAUUUUGAUCCAAAGAGGGGUCCGGGCUUGCUGGGUCCCCCAGAGGGAAGCCUUGUAAUCACACACGUUACUGCUGAUGCUGCCAGUUUAACUCGCUUCGUUAGAGAAGCAACGGGCCCCUCCCCUUCCCCUACUGUGUGAUGUGUUCGUGGUGUUAGUGAGGCAGAUGAAGUGCCCUUUCCCUCUCUUUUGGCCAGGCAGUGGAAGUGCAUUCACUCACAGAGCAGGGAGCCGAGCAAACCCCUGGGAUGGCAGGGCUCGGGUGGAGCAGCCAGGGUGGCUCAGGGCACAGGCAGGGGGUGCUGCUCCAGGGCCUGGCACGGGAACAGCUCUGGAGAACCCUCCCCAGCUGAGCCUGGAGUGCCAGACAUUCUGCUUUCCUUUGGACAAACUGCUGUGAUGUUGGAGAGGGACUUUGGACAAGGGCCUGGAGUGACAGGACACAGGGAGUGGCUUCCCACUGCCAGGGGACAGGGACAGGUGGGAGACUGGGGGGAGUUCCUCCCUGGGAGGGUGGGCAGGCCCUGGCACAGGUUGCCCAGAGAAGCUGUGGCUGCCCCAUCCCUGGAAGUGUCCAAGGCCAGGUUGGAUGGGGCUUGGAGCAACCUGGGCUGGUGGAAGAAAUGUCCUUGCUUUGUGUGUGCAAAGGCACUUUAUGGGUACAGACAGACCCAAGGGUAUUUCCUCCCUGGAUCUGUGCAAUGACUCUCCUGCUCCUUGGAGCUUAGUGCACAUGAGCAAGCUGUGAAUCUCCAAAGUGUGCCUGGAGCUUGGACUUACUGUCUGCCUUCGAAAGGUGGCCACACUCUCACAUUUUUGGUUUUGUGGGUUUGGUUUUUUAAUUUCCUUUCUUUUUUUGAAUACCCUGGGCAAUGGGCAGUAGGCACAAUAUUGAAUCAAUGUAAGCUUUAAAGUAAAUAUAUUUGUUUAACAAAGAGUAAUAUUUAUAAAAUCACUUUGCUAUUUUUAUUUCUUCCGGUUUCAUAAGGGCAGCCAGGUCCCUGCAGAUCCUCAGUGUGAAAAAUUCAAUAGCUUAAACCAUUUUCCAAGCAUUGUGAGCAUUUUGAAAUGAUUUUAUACAACCACCCUAUCUAGAAGACAAGAUUUGUUUCUCUGGGCAACUCAUUUUGUAUCUGUAGGUGAAAUGCAGUUUAAUCAGCCCUUGAGAAACUUUGACAUGAAAAAAAGUUGCAUUCUCUUGGCUUUCCAGUAAUCCCCUUCUUGCUGAAGAGCUUGAUUUUAACAAUGUGGGGUUUUUUUUUAGUUGUAUACUUGAAACUUGUCUCAGUUUGAGGGAUCUGUUGAUAAACUUUGCCAAAGUCAAACAAGAAUCAGUGGAAAAGAAUUCCCCCCCACACCUCCCCAUGGCUCUCCACAGCAAUAGGUGAAGGAUUUGGGAUGUGAGAGCUCAAGCUCACAGGUCCUGCCAGACAGCUGAGGUCGAGAGCAGGUGGGGAUGUGCUCACUGAGACACUUGGUACCCACCCAAACCCCUCUGCAGCAACUUUGGCAAACUCAGCUGCCUGAAUUCUGGUCCUUGCAUGAAGGAGACACUGCCUGUGCUGCUCUGACCCAGCCCACAGCCAGGACCCAGCUGGGGCACAAGAAUAUUCCAUGCUCAGAGUUGGUAGAAAAUCACAAUCUAAUUUUUUCUCAAGUGCUGGUCUGGCAUCUCUCUCUUUGAGAUGUCUGUGGAAGUUACAAACACUUGUUAGGUUUCAGGAAAAGUCUCAAGAAUUCUCCUCUAAAAACUGUUUUGUUAAAUUGGCAUUUCUUCAGUCUUUCUCCUAAGUAAAAAUAAAUGUAUUUUCUGGGUCGGUUUUUUUUUUUCCUUUGCUGGUUUUUCUCUCCUUUCUCUUUAAUCAGUGGAAAGGAGAAAAAACAAGGAGGAGUGAGGCAGAAGAUAAAGUUUAGAUUCACCUGCCAUGCAGUGUGUUGUGGAAAUCUCUGACCAUUUUACUGCACCUUUGCAUUGGUGCUUAUUGGUGCUUUUUUUUUUUUGGCUUGGUUUUGUUGGUUUUGGUUUUCAUUAAGAAAAUCUUCUACUGGAAAAGUUUUGAGUGACAGUGUUGGACAUCAGUGAGGAUGCUGGAUGUUGGAUCCUCCUUGUAGUGGACAUGAGGAGGCCUAAAACCUUAAAUUCCUUAGGAAGUGAGUGGUGCUGCAUGCAGGGUGGGAAUGCCCUGUGUUUGGGAUCCUUCAGUGCUGGCUUUGGGACACGUUUGGGAUGGAAUACUGGGCCUGGCUUUGGAUGGGUUGCCAUAAAAAGGGAGCAGCUUCCAUCAGUGCCAACGAUAAGGAAACACUGGAAAACAAAAUGUUUUUUCCAGCAGGUUUUCAGUCCAGUGAAUCCUCUGUGGAUUCCCUGCAGAUCCAAACCAUAUUCCAACAUGGUGAAAAGAGCCAAGCAGCCCCUGUCCACCUCCUGUGCUCCGUGGGGACACAGAGCAACUGGAGUGUCCCACUGCUCUCCACUCCCUGGCAUUGGCUGUGUUGGGAGGGUGGGGCUGGAUUCCCUUUUCAAUGGAGAAGUUGAGAUCUGUGAAAGCCAUUGAGUGAAUGAUGAUGCAGGGGGACAGUGGCAGUUCUGCAAAGCACGAGGGCUUUGCUGGUUGGAAAUGUGCAGGUGUCCUUUGAUGUUCACAGAGCCUCCAUGGCCCCUCCAGCUGGAAGCUGGACCUGCCUGGAGAGGGCUGCUCGAUGGGAGACCUCUGUGUCCUCACCCUGGCCCAGACUUUGACAUUGUACUGUCAAAUAUUGUCCUUUGCAAACUGCUUUUGAUAAAAGAUGAAGGACCAGAGCUUGGCUGGACUCUACAGGAGCUGGUGUAGAUCCACAGCAGCAGAAAUAGGCAGAAACCUGGUCCUGAGGUGUGAGGAAAAUUGAUACCUGAGGUAUCCAACCAGCCCCGAGCCUAUGGCAGAGAUCAGUAUGGCCAGGAAAUGAAUCCACUACUUAUUUGGGUGAUCUAUUUACAGGUUUCUGUGUGCCUUUGGCUUCUCCACCGUGAGUUGGUGGGCAGCAGAAUGCAGGUGUGAAGUGCUUUUGCCAUUGGUGGUUGGCUGUUGAGGGGGUGAGGGAAGGGUGAAGGAGAAAACAUUCCUGGAAUACACAGUGGCAAGGGCAGGGCCACCCUUGGGUGGGACAAAACCCCAGCUCCGUGAAUGCCCUGAGGUUUGUGGAGAUGUGCCAGGGGUGGGUGUGAGCUUGUGCAUUUGCACCAAGCCCUUGUUGUAACAGCAUGUCUCAACUGAGAAAUAAAAUAAAAAAACCCCAGAACCAAACAAAACCACAACCCCCCCAGUAGAAUGUACAGACUCUACCAACAAAGCUGCAUAGUUUUAUUUGGGGUUUGUUUUCCAUUUUGGUCAGUUUGGGACUUUGGGCAGUGGAAAUGUCUCUCUUUAACCAACUUCAUAUCAGUAACCAGCAGGAAAUGUCUCAAGGGUCUCACUCCUGAUGUGGCAGCCACAACUGGUUCAUGUCAAAGAGUUUUAACUGAACUUUGAAUGAAACCCUAGAAACCAUUACUGUUCUCAGUGGGUGAUGAAGUACCUCUUUCUUGUAGAAGCAUCAAAUUUGGGGUGGGGAGGUCUUUAAAAAGCCAUUGCUCCUGGGAAUCACUUGUGUUGGUGUGUUUUGACCAGCAUUGAGGACUCACGUCAUUGUUACCGGUGAAUUGGAGUUCACUUCAAUUGUCAGGAAUAACUGUUGACUGCACAUGGUAUUUCCUUGUAACUCCUCUUGUUCAUGCAGCCUUUCCUCCUGCCGAGGUGAGGCAGCUUCACCUGAACCAUUUGUACCUCUCCUGUUCCCAGUGCAGUUCCUGCUGCAGGAUCCCCUCAAAGCCGCCCUUCCCACUGUCCCCACAGCUCUGGGAAUGGAGCCCUCCCAUUCCCACUGGAAAUGUCUGCAAUACAGAGCAUUAUAGAUACAAAGUGGGGUUUUUCAGUAGAGAAGACCCAAAUCAGAACAGUUGGGCCAAGGCUCUUCUGUCCCUGACUUUGAGGGAUGUGAAUAAAUUGUCUCCAACUCCAGGGGUCAUAGUUGCCUUCCCAAAUCCUGCUUGAUGUCAAACCCCCCGGGUUACCCCUCCCAGCUGGAGGAGGCUGCAGUGGGCAGGGAGCUGGAUGUCUGACAGCACGUUGUGUCACUGGGCACUGAAGCCACAGGCACAGGUUCAUGGCCUCACUGCGGGAUCUGGGAGCUGGAAAACAGCAGGCUCAUCCCAGGGAAGGCUCUUUUCCAGCUGGGCAGUACCUGGUUGAGGGUGAGGCAGUGCUGGCUGCUUGUCCUUCUAGCCAGGCCUCUUGGCUCUGCCUGGCCUUUCUGCAUCACACAGUGAGAGGACUGGGCUCGUUGCUGAUGUCCCUCGUGAGCAGGGCAAAAUACAUCAGCCCCCAGGACACAGAGCAUCCUCCCUGCAAAGGGAACCCUCCAGCUGGGAGGGAGGGGUGAGUUCCUGGUGGCAAAGCCCAGCAGGAGACUCAUCCAGAGCCCAGUCCUGCUCUUCAGUCACCCCUGGGGCUCUGGGCCCCGGGUCAGGCUGGCCAGGCUCGUGUCCGUCAGAGUGGCUGUCACAGCACAGACGGACAGAACGGGAACCCAUCACCCCCAGUCCCUGCCUCCCAUCCCAGCUGAUCCCCCAGGAACCAGGUCAUUCCACAGCAAUUAGGACAGCGACCUGUCAGUGUUGCUGUCAGUGUUUUCAUGAGCCUUUUAACUUGACUGGGAAAGUUGAUCUCAAAGGAAAAUGUACAGUUAUCAUUCAACUAUGGUUAAAUCAAGUCCCGUUGAUGCACUUUAUGAACGAGUGAAAAACAAAUCAAUGCUGUUAUUGCACUGUAUCUCUAUUGUGUAUAAUAUUAUACAUUCAUCUGUAAGAGUAAUUUAUUUUUAUUACUGUAAAUAAAACUGUUAAAGUGAUUUGUCAGAGGAUAUCCAAAAACAGGGGGAAGGGGGUUAAAAUUAAAACACUGGAAGACCUGGGCUGCUGUCCCAGGUAUGUGCCA